GAUCACAGAACAGUAAAGGCGAAUGAAGCACGGAGGCGGAGGAAGGAAAAAGCAGCAGUUAACCGAUGACAAAGGCGCCGAUGCUCAUCACAACCGUCGCGACAAUCUAGCCGGUCUAACGCUAUUCGCUAUAUUGGGCGGAGAUGAGGCGCCUGCGACGUCUCCUGCUCCAGCUCCAGCCCCAGCUCCGGCACCGGCACCAGCACCGGCUCCGGCUCCGGCUCAGGCUCAGUCUCAGUCUCAGUCUCAUGCUCAGCAGACCAGGACUCUCCUGGAUGUGAUAAAAGACGACUCGAAUGGCAAGGAUAACAAGAAGACAUGGAAACAUUUCAAGGAGAAGCUCCGGCUGAAGCCGUCCGGCGGCGCAGCCUGGACUUCCACCGUCCCCGUCCCCGCCUCGGACGUGCCGAUGAACAACCGGAGUAUGAGCCGGAGGCAUUCGAAUCGGGUCGCGGAUGCGGAGUAUCCGGGGGGCGAAUAUAAGCCGGAGCUAACGGCAUCGUCGUCGAGAAGAGAGCUUAGGUCAACUCCGUCGAAUCGAAUGUCGUUGACGAGGAACGAAAGCCGGACGGGAAAUCGGAGCUUGAAGUUGCAGGGCUCGAUGUCGAUCAGAAGAGGCGGAGAAGCGGAGAGCGAAGGAGGCGAGGAGGGAGAAGGAGAUGAACCGAUGAGGAUGUCGUUAAUGGCGCUUUUGGGAGAUCAAUUGAUGGAGGAGGAGGAGGAAGACGGAGGCAGUUGCGAGGAUUACGGAGGAGAAUUCCGUAACUGCUGCGUGUGUAUGGUUAGACACAAGGGGGAAGCAUUCGAUCCAUGUGGACACACAUUUUGCAGGCUCUGCUCAAGGGAGCUCUGGGCUGAGAAGGGGAAAACUUGUCCACUCUGCAACAAUUUCAUCCUCGAAAUUCUCGACAUCUUCUGAUCCCAAAAAACAUGUUGAUACUCGAGCAAUUUGAAGUUACCACUACUGGAAGGUCAGUUUGGGAUCUUCAAACAAUUUCUAGCAGUUCUGUCCUAAGUGUGUAUUUCAUCCUAGGGUUGGUUCAGAUGAUUCCAGAAGAAUCCAAGAGGGAAGAUGGAAUUGUCUACUACGGAUAAUUCAUGUUAUUGCAUAUAAUAAUUACGUCAAUGGAUUAUUAUUAGUGAUAUAUAGGUAAUAUAAUUGGUAUGUUGCAUAA